UCUCAAACCCAAUUUCCCUUCUUUUACGAUCACUUUUUGGCUAAUUGUCUACCCUUUCCUAGUGUGAAUGGAGAUAAACAAACCAUUUCUUGUAGUUUUAUUAAUACAAUUCCUGUAUACUGGCUAUUUAUUGCUUUCCAAGGUUGCUUUUGAUGUUGGCAUGAACACUUACGUUUUUGUCUUCUACAGACAAGCUGCUGCAACAGUUUUCUUAGCCCCCACUGCCAUGUUUUUCCAUUGGAAAACUGCCCCACCACUGUCAUUCAUCAUUUUCAUCAAGAUUUUCAUGCUCUCGCUUUGUGGGAUAACUAUGAGCUUGGAUAUUUUUGGUGUGGCUUUGAAAUAUACAACACCUUCUUUGGCUGCUGCGACAUCUAACACACUUCCAGCUAUUACUUUCUUCCUUGCAGUUUUAUUCAGUGCAAGACCUAAGAAAGCUAGGGGUUUCGGAGGAGAAAUAUUUCAGUAG